UUCUUUCUCUCUCUCUCUCUCUUUAGGAAGUUGGAAAGUGAUAAUGUUGUCUUCAUUACAAGGUUGUAAUGGGUUUUUACAGCGUGCAAAUUCUGGGCAAUUUCUUCAUCAGAGGAAUAACAAUAAUGUGGUUGAUGAAUAUGGAAAAUCAACAAGGAAAAAUAAAUCAAAAGAUGUAGCUUUAACACAUGCCAUGGCGGAGCGUAAACGUAGAGAAAGAAUCAAUGCACAUCUUCAUACUCUCAAGAAACUCUUUCCUCAUCUCCCUAAAAAGGACAAGUCAAGAGUGCUAACGGAGGCAGUCACUCAACUGAAGGAACUACGGAAGAAGGUAGCUCAACAAAUGGAAACACAGAAAGAUAGUGAAGGAAACUACAAUGGCAACAAUGGGUUAUCAUCUUUCUUUCUACCCGGUGAAAAUGAUGAAGUAUCAGUAAAUUUCUCUGAAGAAAGUUACAAUGAUGAACAAACGGUCAAAGCUACGGUUUGUUGUGAGGACAGAAUGGGGUUGAACCGGGACUUAUCAGCGGCGGUUCGGUUAGUUCAAGGCCGGGUGAUCAAGGCGGAGAUGGCGACGGUCGGAGGCCGGACAAAGGCGGAGAUGUUGGUGGUGUUGUGUAAGGCUGGUGGAGGAGAAAAAGACACUGGACAACUAAGACGGGCUUUAAUGGCCGUUGUGGAAAAUAGGUGUUUGGGCUUGGGAAGUUCUCUAAAUUUGGGCCGGAGAUUUGGUGAUAAAAAAUGGGCUUGUUUUGGUUGACUUGAUUUGUCUGCUUGUAAACGGGCUUGAAUUUGUGUGAUGAUAAGUGGGCUUGGGCCUUGCUGAUUGUUAGUUGUUAAAGGUUUGACCUUAGAGUUCACAAUGUAUAACAAGUUGUGACUAGCUAACUUGGCUAUUAACAGGUGUAUAUGUGCCUUUUUUUUUAAUCUAAUGUGCAAUGAAAUAUGUAAUCUUCACAAGUGGUUUCAAUAUUUAUA